AUGUUUAGAUUAAUACCAAGAUUAAAGCCAAUAAUACCAUCGAUAAAUCGUAUUUCUGUGUCGAUCAAACCACCACUACCACCACCAACAUCACCAUCAACUCCACAACAAUGUCAUGUAUUACGAGCUUUCCAUACAUCACCAAUUUCUCAUCAUGGCCAUCUUAAAAAACCUAAUCCAGGCGAAGAGUUACAUAUUACAUUUAUAACCAAAGAUGGCAAACAAUUAACUUAUGAAGUUGCUGAAGGGGAUAAUAUUUUAGAUAUAGCACAAGCUCAUAAUUUGGAUAUGGAAGGAGCAUGUGGUGGUUCUUGUGCCUGUAGUACAUGUCAUGUUAUUGUUGAUCCAGAAUAUUAUGAUAAAUUAGAAGAACCUGAUGAUGAUGAAAAUGAUAUGUUGGAUUUGGCAUUUGGAUUGACUGAAACUUCACGAUUAGGAUGUCAAGUUAAAAUGACUAAAGAACUAGAUGGACUUAGAGUGGCAUUACCGGCUAUGACUAGAAAUUUACAAUCACGAGAUUUUAAUUAA